AUGGAUUCCGUUGCCGUUACACGAGAGUCGGUGGACGUGGUCGUCAUUGGCGCAGGUUUGAGUGGCCUUCGUGCAGCAUUGGCUAUUCAAGCAGCGGGGUUCUCCUGUGCUGUGGUCGAAGCUAUUGACCGAGUAGGAGGAAAGACCCUGACUCUGCCAUCGAAGAAGAGCGGUCCCGGCGUCAACGAUGUCGGUGCUGCUUGGAUCAAUGACACCACGCAAAGUGAGAUGUACAAACUCGUCAAGCAUUACGGGCUUCAGGGGGAGGUUCAAAUGGACAGCGGAAACGAUGUCUGGGAGCACGGUGAUGGGGUUGUCUUAUCCCCACAUGGUGUUUUGCCGUUGACUGAAGAGGAGCAAGCUGCUUUGGGCCAAGUCAUUGGAAAAUUUACAGAAAUUUCUGCCGAGGUGAAUUUGGAAGACCCCAUUGCGGGUCCCGGUGCAAAGCAGCUGGACAUUGUUUCCCUGCAUGAAUACUGCCUUCAGGAGUUCCAAUCUGAGCAAAUUGCGACUCUGCUUAAUACCGUCAGCCAGUCACUCAUCGGUAUUGAAAGCAAGGACAUCAGUGCACUGAGCUUUUUGCAAUCUUGCAAAUCUGGAACUGGAUUCCAGGCUGUGAUCUCUGAUACCAAGCAUGGAGCCCAGUAUCUUCGAAUCAGACAAGGCACUCAAACAAUCUCCAAGAACAUGGCAAAGAAGCUCAAAGCGGGCUCUCUCUGGCUUUCUACUCCGGCGACCCAUAUUGAGCAGUGUCCGGAUACCGGUGUCUGCACCGUUCGGUCUGCCAAUAAAGCCGUCUUCCUGGCAAAGAAAGUCAUUUUGUCCGUUGCCACCCCUCUGUACAAGAAAAUCCAAUUUUCGCCGGCUCUGCCAACGGAAAAGCAGCGUCUCGCCCAGGAAAACAUCUUGGGCUAUUACAGCAAGAUAAUAUUUGUCUUUGAGAAGCCGUGGUGGCGCACUGCUGGAUUUUCUGGGGAGAUCAAAUCCCAAGACAACGGGCCGAUCUUAUUCUCCGUGGAUACUAGUGUCCCUGAUGAUGAUCAAUGGUCAAUCAGCUGCUUCAUUGUCGGGGGCCGUGGCCUCAAAUGGUCUAAACUAUCGCAGGAGGAGAGAUAUUCUUCUGCCUGGAGCCAGCUCCGCUUUGCGUUCGAGAAGGUUGAUCUGGAGUCUGGGAAAUUAAAGGUCCCAGAGCCGAUCAACACUUUGGAGUAUGAAUGGAGUAAGCAGGAGUUCUUCCUUGGUGGCCCUUGCCCAGCCUCACCACCAGGCCUUCUGACCUCCGUUGAUGGGGCCGCUCUUCGCAAACCCUUCGAGAACGUACACUUCGUGGGUACGGAAACCGCACUGGAGUGGAAAGGGUAUAUGGAAGGGGCUGUUCGCUCUGGAGACAGGGGUGCUGCGGAGGUCAUUUCGGAGCUCCAGAAUAAGUAUUGA